GUGACAGGCUGAAUCAAGGAUUGCGAACGAACGUGAGUCUGAGCCAAUCCGCGAUGACUUCCUCCAUUUUUUUUCCAGUCGAAAGGAGAGGGAAAAUAGCAACCAUCACAUGUCCCAGUAACUGCUGCUAAAGCUCGUAGUUUGUUAAAUCUUCUCGAAUGGUAGAACUGAGCUUUGGGGGUGGUGGGGGAAAGCACAACGAUGGCAAUGGGGGAGAACCGUUCAUUUGUGCAGUGAGCAGCAUAUAUACCAUUGAGCAGCAUAUAUUUGGAUAAUAAAGCGCUGUUGCGGGGCUGAAUAGCUGAGAAUCAACUGAAGAGGGACUGAAGGAACAAGCCUUUUGAUAACUUGGAUGGAGGGCAAGCGGCACUCAGUCACUCUGUGGAUUAACUCAGUGUAGAGGCAGAGCGGGGGGAAGUGCGUGUAAGGUGCAGAGGUGCAAAGGUCUCCCUGCUGAGAUUUGAUCCGAGUUCCCCAUAGCAGCCACUUUAUCGCACUCGGCUGCAGAGACGUGCGCUCAGCUAAAUAGAGCAAGCCGGUGUUACUGCGGAGGAAAGCCUCUACUGUUGUGAGGUGUGUCGACGAGCCGCAGGAGAAUGACAAGGUCUUUAGCGAGUCUGAGGGAAAAGCAAACGCCCGUUUUUCAGCAAAGGAUUCUGUCGAACCGCGUUGGAAUUUGACUGUCUCUCCGUGUUGGUUUUAUUGGAUCUUUUAUUUUAAACUCGGAAGAAAAGGAGCACAAGUGGAUUGGAUUCUGAAUGGUACAAACCGAUGGCAUAUUACUCGGGCACACUGAAUAGAUGGGCUGUGCGGAAUUGUGCGCUAUGAAAUCCAGCGCACCUUGUAUCUAUAUAAUUUAGUCAAAAUCCAAUGGGGCAAAACAAAAUAGGAACAUGGGAAAAUAUGAAAUGUGAGAAAAUUCUAUUCCCCUGACCCUCGGUGAUCAGAGCAGGACUGGCGUUCCUUCUUCAAGGUGUUUGAACCUGACUUACAAUGGAAAAACUGCUGGUCUGUCUGUUGGUUAUUGGAAUGGCAGUGAAGGCCCAGAUCUGUCCGAAGCGCUGUGUCUGUCAAAUACUAUCUCCCAACCUCGCAACCCUCUGUGCCAAAAAAGGGCUCCUCUUUACCCCCCCGAACAUUGACAGGCACACCGUGGAGCUGCGGCUGGCCGACAACUUCGUCACCAGCAUCAAAAGGAAAGACUUUGCCAACAUGACCAGGCUGCAGGACCUCACCCUGUCCAGGAAUACCAUUAGCUUCAUCACGCCGCACGCGUUCGCUGACCUGGAGAACCUCCGCGCCUUGCACCUGAAUAGCAACCGUCUGACCCGGAUAGCCAAUGACACCUUCAGCGGCAUGUCCAAACUGCACCACCUGAUCCUUAACAACAACCAGCUGACGUUGAUCCACCUGGGGGCCUUCAAUGACCUGCUGGCCCUGGAGGAGCUGGAUCUGUCCUACAACAACCUGGAGUCCAUCCCCUGGGAGGCUAUCCAAAGGAUGACCAGCCUUGCCACCCUCAGCCUGGACCACAACAUGAUCGACUACAUUCCUGAGGGGACCUUCUCUCUUCUCCAAAAGCUCAACCGCUUGGACGUAACCUCUAAUAAGUUACAGAAGCUCCCUCCUGAUCCUCUGUUCCAGCGGGCCCAGAUUUUGGCCACGUCUGGGAUCAUGAACCCUCCCUCGUUCGCGCUGAGCUUUGGUGGAAACCCACUGCACUGCAACUGUGAGCUGCUGUGGUUGAGGCGCCUGAGCCGAGAGGAUGAUCUGGAGACGUGCGCCUCACCGCAGCAUCUCUCCGGACGCUACUUCUGGUCUAUCCCUGAGGAGGAGUUCCUGUGUGAACCUCCUCUCAUCACCCGGCACUCCCAUGAGAUGCGGGUGCUGGAAGGGCAGAGGGUGGUCCUGAGGUGCAAGGCCAGGGGGGACCCUGAGCCUGCCAUACACUGGAUCUCCCCAGAGGGGAAGCUGGUGGCGAACUCCUCCCGGACGCUUGUGUACACCAACGGCACCCUGGACAUUCUGAUCAGCACAGUGAAGGACACGGGAUCCUUCACCUGUAUCUCGUCCAACCCAGCGGGUGAGGCACAUCAGACUGUGGAGCUGCUGAUUAUCAAACUCCCACACAUCUCCAACAGCACCAACAACAUCCAGGAGCCUGACCCUGGCUCCUCUGACAUCUCCACGUCCACCAGGGCUGGGGCCAACGGCAGCAACCACACUGGGGACACCAAAACUAGCACAGAUAAACAGGUGGUCAUCGCUGAGGCCACGUCCUCCACUGCGCUCAUCAAGUUCAACUUCCAGAGGAAUAUACCUGGGAUCCGCAUGUUCCAGAUUCAGUACAAUGGCAGUUAUGAUGACUCUCUCGUUUACAGAAUGAUUCCCCCCACAAGCAAAAACUUCCUAGUCAACAACCUGGCUGCUGGGACGUCGUACGACCUGUGUGUUCUGGCCAUCUACGACGACGGUAUCACCUCCCUCACUGCCACCCGUGUGGUGGGCUGCGUCCAGUUCACCACCGAGUCUGAGUACCUGCGCUGUCACUUCAUGCAGUCCCAGUUCCUGGGAGGCACCAUGAUCAUCAUCAUCGGCGGCAUCAUCGUGGCCUCCGUCCUCGUCUUCAUCAUCAUCCUCAUGAUCCGCUACAAGGUCUGCAACACCAGUGACUCGGGCAAAGGCACCCUUGUCACCAAUGUCCACUCACAGACCAACGGGGCGCAGUCUCAGGGGUGCACCGUCACACCCUCUGUGUCCAAGCAGGCCAUGGGAGGGUCAGAGGGAGGGGGUGGAGGGUGUCUAAAGGCCGCUGGGCAUGCGACGGACACGCUAACGCACUCGUCCGAGACCUCUCUCCCAGACUGCUCCACUGCUACGUCCCUGGUGACCCAGAGCUGGAACACACCUGGAUCCUCAGGGUCUCUGAAGCCAAAGCGCAAGCCUGCACCAAAGCCCUACACUGCUGCUGCUGCCACCCCUGAGCCCAAGAUAGAGGCCCUCCCCAAUGCUGAGACCCACAACACCAACCGCAACAACUCCACGGCUCUGCAGCAGCCCUCCGCCCCAGUAUUCCACUCCCCCCUACCCUCCUCGCGCGUCAAGGACACCCCCAUAUUGAGACGCGCACACCCCAGACCCUCCUCCAAGUACCUGACCUUACCGGUGGAAGGGGUGAGGGCCAAACGUAGGUACUCUCUAAACGAGGACUUGUCCAAGCACCACUGCUACAUUGGGACAACACAAUUUAGGAAUAUGUGGUCUAAGCGGAGUAUGUCCAUGAACGGGAUUCUACUUCAACAGGAAGAUAUAGACAGUGGCAAGGCCACCUUUUCCAGUUCAGAGUGGAUUCUAGAAAGCACUGUGUGACUGUUCUGUUUGUGUGUGUGUGUGUGUGUGUGUGUGUGUGUGUGUGUGUGUGUGUGUGUGUG